CUCUUCUUUUCUUCCCCCUGCAGCCGAACAAGAACCAUGCUGCCGGCAGCCCUCCCUUGAAGGAAAAUGGGUAAAAGCUUGGUAUUUUUCCCUUCUUUUCUUGUUCUAGAACAGAUUUAGAACCCAGAAAUUUCCCCCACCCCUCUUCAGAAUCCCAGAUCUGCUCUGCUUUGUCUUCACCGUCUGCUGCUCUUGGUGUGGGUGGCGAAAUUUCCAGUUUUUUUUGUAGAGUUCUUGAUUUUUCUCCCCAAUUCCCGCCGGCUCCUCCCCAAACUGCAGCUCCGGUUUUGCUUGCUGGAUUUUUGGUAUGUGACAAGCCCUUUGAGCCUAAAAUUAUCCUUUAAUUGCUGAAUUUUGUCCAUUUAAUUGUUGCCCCUACACUGUCCGAAUGUUUGCUAAAUUAGGGGGAUGAAUUCCGGUAGCUUUAGGACAAAAUUUAAGCAUUAAUUCAAGUGGAAUUUAUAUGAUUGAGUGUUAAUUGACUGCUGUGAUUUUGGAAAGAAAAUCCCGUGAGAUUAGCUAUGGUUUUGCCAAUUUUGGAAGUUGCAGUUACUGUUUAUGGUACUGUUCAUAGGCACUGUUCAUGCACUGAUGGCCAACAAUUAACAGGGAUUAAAUGUUUAGUUUGGAGAUGUCUGGUUAUGUGGAGAUUGAUAGAAAUAGCAUUGAGAUUAGGGGUAGUCAUGGUGACUUUACUUUUGAAUCCGUGGUAUAGUAAUUAAUUCUUGGAUAUUUUGAUUAGAUUCCUGAUCGUUCUGUCAGUUUAGCACUGAGAUCGAGUUUUCGGUUUUAUGCGAGUGAGGUAAGUAAAUUAUGGUAACGCCCUUUGAUUUUAAAGCAUAUUUUAAUUUGUUUUUGAAAUGGUGGCGAGACUAAACCCGUUUUACACAAAUAUGAGCAUGACUAAUUUGAAAUGAAAUUAUUAUGCUUUUCAUUAAAUUGAGCAUGUCUACCUUAAAUUUAAUUGAUUGUCCUGAUGAUCUGAAAGUGAUUGGUGCAUUAUGAUUUUUCUGUUAACUUCUGCCUAUUUUGUCUCUGAUGUGGUCAUGUUAUUAGUGACCCUACUAGUGGGGGAGGUUAUAAACGCUAGCACAUGUCAACAUGUUAUUGAUAGAACCGGUUCGUUCGAGUGACCCUGCUAGUGGAGGUUAUACACCAGCAAAUACUGUAGCCUGCCAGUGGGAGGUUUAUAACACUAGCCAUGACCUAUAGAUGAGACAUCUAUUUCGUUCUCGUACUGUAUUCGUUUUUCGUGAUUGCACUUGUUGGCAUGCUAUAAGUUUAAUAAGGGCACUCCAUAUUUUACUUACUGAGUUUAUCUCAUAGUUUUUCCUUGUCCACCAUUUCAGGAAGCGAAACCGAGGACGGGGAAACCACAGGAAGUGACGAGUUAGAAGGCUAACCAUUUUGAGAUUGACAUAGAUUUUAGAAAUAAAUCAUGCUUUGUAAGAUAGAUUUUACCUUGAAUUUAUGAGAUCAAAACAGAUUUCGAUCAUUAGAUCAAUUACUUGGAUUUAAGUCAUUUUGGUUAUAGAAAUAAAUUGAGGGGUUUGAU